GAUAUAGCAGAAGCUUUUUAAUUCUGCGAGGUGUGGUGCGAAUUCGAUUAACAAAAAUGUUGUGCACGGUGACGGCGAGCGAGACAGAGGAAAAAAUGGUCGCCCCUUGGGUGAUCUGUCAAGCGGUUUCGUGCUACAUUCUUCGAUUACUAUGAGUUCGUAGUCCCGGAAGAACAAAAUUCGCAAGUAGUUCUCGUCAUUUCGGCUCUAAAUUCAAGCGUUGAAUCGAAGCUGUUAUGAUCAUGAAGAUCCCAAGCACUGGUUCCGGUAACGGAUAUUAUGGCCAUGACGGUGGAAUUUCGUAUCUAGACACAGUCGAAGGGGAAGCUGAUGUUCAAGGAGGAGGCGAUGGAGAUUUUUCGGAAUAUUUGUGGAUGGAGAAUGAAGAGGAGUUCGAUAAGCAGGUACUCCAGCAGCUGGAAGAGGAGGAAUUAAUGGAGGAGUGUUUAGAAGCGAUGCUGGAAGAAGAGAGGCAGCAUCAGAGAAACCAAACCUCCUCAGCUUGGUCGACGGCUACCAACACUGUCGAAAACAACGGCGCCGAAUUAUGCCAACAACUAGGCAGCCUGCGAGUGCAUGAUGAAGUUGCUAAACGGAGUACAUUAAAUCCUGACGCCGCGGAAUUUGUCCCGUCAUUCAAAUCGUCCGUGUCAUCAGCGAGUACGCCGCCCGAAGUAACUUCAAAAUCGUCGUAGAGGAGGCCCUCUAAUGUCUCAUUUACAGCAAACGAAUGUGGGCUGCCGAAACGCCCGGAAUCCCUCAAGCACACAGUUAAGCGUUUAUUUUAACUGAAUCCUAUUAGGUAUUGCAGGCCAACAAUUGUACGUACAAAUAGAAAGGAGAGUGCAGACUAUAUAGGUAAAAGUAAAGCGAUAACACCCGGCUGUAUACGAUCCUCGAAGCAUCAAUUUGCGCAUUAGUAAAUAAAAUGCAUGCAUUUUUGUAUAAAGAAAAGUAGGGCAGUUAAACGAAGUUUCAAAGGAUGCAAACCUCAAAUGCAAAGUAUGUCUCCUGCAGUAUUUUUCCAAAUUUAAAUCGAAGGUUCCUUCAAUUAAACAUAAUAAUAUUUAAGAUGCUUUCGACGAAUACGAAUUUACUCUAUCUAUUAAUACUACAUUUCUAUUUAGAAUUCUAUUCAUUUUGCGUAUUAUAAAAUUAUAUAUUUUCGAGUUUAUAAAAAAUCCAUCAGCAGUUUACAUAUUUUGUGCUUCGAAGGAGCGCCUUUUGUAAUAACUAUUCCGUUCAAAAUACUAGUCCAGUGCUUCUAAGGAAUCAAGCUUUUUAAGAAUCAAGAUUCUAUUUAAACGAACUUGUUAUUAAACAUGCAUCACAAAUUGAAUUUCACGAGAUCUUAAUACUUUAUUUAAUUCUAUAGAUUCUUUGUAGUGUAAUCAAUCUUUGUCGGCCCCGAUAUGCCAGUGCGAAGUCGGGAUGCUCGAAUGCGGAUUCUGGGUUCUGGUUUGCCUAUUGUUUUAAAUAGACUUAAAAGAUCUCAAGCGAAAGUCUAGCUCAGGCUGUGAGGGACUCUCUCGGUGACGCUUUGGUAACAGGCGGGUUACGUCAUCGCUUACUUACUUUGUAGAAUAGUUUCUUUAGAAAUUUUACUGAGAAAAAUUUGCAUAGGUCGUAGUUUCUUAAAACUUAUUAUUGUCAGAUCGUGGAAUAGAAUAAAUGAUGUGUGUACCUUGGAAACACUUGAAUCGCUUUGAGCCUUGUCGCCGAGCUUUUUUUUUGUACAAUACUCUGCUUGUGAGACGCGCAUUUUUCAUACUCGCAUUGCCCCUGUGGACGCUUUUGAAGUACUUGGUCACUUAUGUAGUCUUCCAUUAUCGUUCAGUUGCUUUGUUAUCGCGAAAAGUGAAAAAGAAAAAAAAGAAAGCUUUGCGAUUCAAGAUGUAGGCGAUGAUAGAAACACAGUGAGUGUCAAGUAAUUGACUUGAAUAUCGUAUCUUCUCCAUCAAUUGUAUAUUAUAUUGUAGGUACAUAUUUUUAUUGUAAAUUAUAUUUUAUGUUUAAAGAAAUCGAAAACCUACAUUAUCCAUCGCGCGGCAGAAAUUGCGAUUGUUUAGAGACACGAAAUGUGUUUAAAUCAUAACCUACAGUGAGUAUGUAAGUGGUACUGUAAUUAAAAAGAAAAGAAAAAAAAAUACAACAAAAAAUGUACUUGCAGUGGGUGACAUUUACUCAUAUUUACAGUAAGAUCUUCGCGGUCGUCGGACGUGUAUUAAAUUCUCUGUUUUCGCUUUCUUUCGCUUGGGUAGAAGAGCAUGACUCGAAUUUGUAAUAUAAAAUAGUUUUCUACAUCCCCCUUGUAAAUUUAAGGAGGUGCAGAUGACUAAAAAAAUAUAUAAAAUACUAACACCCCCAACAUCUUUCACGUUGGAACGUUAAUUGUAAACAGUUUGAUGUGAAAAAUGUAUGAUACUUCUGACUAUAUUCAUGAUUU